CCCUGGAGUGAGGCUUUCUUCAGUUGAAUCCUUCAAUCUGAAUCCCCUGCUUGCCCGCGUCCGUCCCUCAAGAUCGAGGAAGAGAAGUGGGUUGGUCGGCUCUGCUACGCCGGAAAAGCUCCACCGGACCCCGCCGGCGUUCGGCCAGUCUCCUGCUUCUCGGCCCCAAAGUCAUCUCAUCAUUUCAGCGCGUUUCUAUUCGGAAGGUGCCUUGUUCUGCUCCUCUUUUGUGCAUUUAAUCUGCUCUGCAAUUCGGUCGCAAGGUUUAGGGUUUAUAACGCAGCAAUCAUCCUCUCUCUUGCUCUCCUUCUCCGCCGGAUAUGAAAGAAGCAGGGGAUCCGUAGCCAAUUUGUUUCCGAACCUCCAUUUUCGUUCUUCAUAACUAUAGUUUGGCUUGGAUGCUUCUGGCUUUGGAGAAAAGGUAGGGCAUGGAGGGAUUUAAGUACUGGCGUUGAUACCACUUUUGUUGGGGUUUUCUUGUUUUGCCCGAUUAUAUACCCUUAUGAUAUAUAGGCUCUGAUGGGUUAUUGGUUUUAGGAUGAUCAUUCCUCAAAUGGCCUACUGGGGAACCCUUUGUUUUACCAUCAAAUAUCUGCAAUUGUCAUAACUAUAUGAAGUUGCAGUGCUUUGUGUUAUGUGUUUCCAAGUUCAGAAAGCAUUUCCAUCUCUUCGUUCCUGCUUCGCUUAAAGCGAUAUCAGUUCAGUUCAGUUCGUAUAUCUUGCAACUUAAGUACCCUAGCAUACAAUGUUUGUUUCAUUUGGCUUUGGUUAUUGCAUUGCAGUUCUCUCUCGACAAAAAUUCCCAUUUCAUCCAUGGAUCCAGAAGCAGCAAAGACAGCACGCGAGUCUCUGGAAUUGUCGUUCCAGAUGUCCAACAUUCUCGACACGGGGCUUGACCGCCACACGCUCUCGGUGCUGAUCGCCCUCUGCGACCUUGGACUGAACCCCGAGGCACUGGCUGCUGUUGUGAAAGAGCUACGGACAGAAGCUCUGUCUUCUCCACCCCCACCUCCUGCAUCAUCAUCAUCAUCAUCCUGAUUGUCGUUUCACUUCGUCUCCCCUCAGCGAAACAACUUCUCCAGUAUUUGUAGUUAGUUCCUUGGCUCCUGUCUCUUGUCUCAUCCCCUUCAGUGGCCUCCUUCUGCAAACCGUUCAGAGUGACUGAAAUUUGUUGCGUAAAGAAUGCGAAACUGCCUACUGUGUGAGAGUUUAGCUAUACAGUUGUGUGUUGGAUUGUUAGUGUGGGGAGUCGAUUGAACAGAUGCCAGAGACUCAUUGUGCUGAUGCACGAAAUGAGAUGGACAGAAGAAGUCCACAAGCGCAAGCUAUUGAUGCAGCGAUACGAGUAUUACAAGACUAGCAUUCUUUCGAACCGAAAGGGGCUAAAAGAGUGGUGUACUGGACUCAAGUUCUUAUUCAUUCGCGACUCUUGCAGCAGUGGAAGGCGAGAAAGGAGAGUGAGAACCUUCGAAUACAAGGCUGUGUAGUCCCAGCCGUUCUCUGCUGCAAAUUUAGCAGCUUCCUUCUGCAACUGCAACAGCAUCCUUCCCUAGCUCUAGCUGGAAAAGGGAUGGUUAUCAAAUCUUUAGGACUUGGUGCGGGAAGUAAUCCUUAUGUGCUGGGCCGUCUCAUUGGCCCGUAGGCUUUAGCCACAAAACAAAUUGUGUGGGCCUUUUGUACAGACAUGGACCUUCGGGCCCAACAUCAUCCCAAUCAGUUCUAUAUUCGAAAAAGAAAUUUUUGGUAAUUAU